AUGCGAAUUGCAACGGAAUCAAUAACAUUAUCACAUUACUCUAUUGUGUGUUUUGAUAUGGCUACUAGUAAUGAUGCUAUUCCUGUUGCUGUUGCCGUUAAUGGUGAUAGCGGUGAUGAUGAUGAUGAUGAUGAUGAUGAUGAUGAUGAUGAUGAUUAUGAUGAUGAUAUGGACACCGGUGUUUGCGAUGAUCAUGAUGAUGGCUGUGAUGUCUGA